AGUUAUAAAUGUCAUUCAAGUCUAUUACCGAGUAGCUACAAUACAUACUAUAAAAUUGAUUAUUUACUUUUAACUACUGCAUUAAGUAACAAUUGAAUUAAACUCAAGCAAUGUUUUAGUAAACUGCUUCUUUAUUUGGAGCGUCAAGAUGUUCACGUUCGGGAGGCAGCGGGUCUUACAUAAGUGUCUCAAGAUUUUGAGGUUAACAAUCGUAGAUUUCAGUAGUCUUCCCGAUAUAAAGAAAUUGAAUCUGGUGAGAACAGUCGAAAAGUCCAUCGAUAACAACACGAGUAUAUUCAUCGAAAGUCCCAUUCAUGUAAAAGUGCAGCCAAUUGAUGUAAACGAUUUGAAGGCGCACAACAAAUUGACUAUGACAUUAUACAGUCAAGGUAAAGACACUAAUGAUUUCCAAUUAAAGCAAACAUCCAAACGUCUGGAAUUACUCAACAAAAACACAUCGCCAGACCGUAAUGACGUAUGUUUAAUACAGGUCCCUUAUAAGUUAAAAGUUCAAGUCACAACAUCGGACGAGGCCUCAGUGCAUUUAAGUAAUCUAGAAGCAGAGGAAUUCGUCAUAAAAACUCAGAAGGGGGCUGUCAAUGUUGGUAAUUUGAAGGCAGAUAAUAUCAAAGUGGAAACAGCUUCGGGCGAUGUAGAAACAGUGGGAAGGCUCCAGGCAACUAACAUUGAACUUAAAACAGGCCUGAAUGGAGGUAUUAAGUGCAAUAACAUAAUGGCAAUAAACUUUAAUGUUGUCUCACACGGUGGACAUAUUACUGUCAAGUCCUGCUAUAGUGACAAAUCUCAUUUCACAACAUUAAUGGGAAAUAUUAAAUUGGAUCACAUGCAUCGGUCUGUCAAAAUUGAUGUCAUACAGAAAGGUCAUCUACGUAUGACAGGAUUCACCGGUAACUUGGAAGCUUCACUCAAAAGUGGUGAUGUCUUUAUGCAUGCUUCACAGUUGACCGACAAAAGCAGUAUUUUUAUUCAUGAAAAGGGGACAGUGGAAUUACUUAUGCCUAAUAUAGUACAGAAUUUGCCAACAAUUAACUUGAUUGCAGAAAAAAUUAAAGUUGAGGAGAGUAUAUUGAAACUUGGGAGGUUUAUGGAUGAUUCUACUUCAAAAAGGUUUCGUUAUGAAAAGGACCCACAGCAUGAGCUGAAUGUAGUUUGCAAGAAUGGCUCAAUUGAUAUCAAAGAAACAGACUUACCUUUUUUUGUCUAAAUAGUUUGAUAAAUUGAGUCAAUUGGGAAUUUAGAUGCUUGUUACCUCAAUGUACAUCCCUUUUUAGAGAGCAAAACGCUACACUAGAAAUAUAUGUGCCAGCACAGUGGAGUUGUUGGAGGAGCAUAAAACUGAUAACUCUAGUAGUUUGAAAGCAAAUGCCUCUAAUCAUGGAUAACCAGAAGAUGAGAAAGUUACUGUGCCAUCAACCUUAACACUACAAUCAAGCUUAUAGGUAUUUGAGGUUAUUUUGGGAAAGGUUAUAAUAAUAGAUCCUAUAGGAGUGAACCAAUUCAGCCACAUGAUAGUUUAAGUCCAUUUGGUCGUACUUGUCUUAUAAUUCAAAUAAUCAUUUUGUUACUUUUUAGUGUAAAGUUUAAAAAAUAAUAAAAACCUAGAGAAAAUCUCUUAAGUAUUUCAUGUAUUUUUUAACACUUUUAUUUCCAAAUUUUAAAAGUAAUGUACACAAAUAGUAUUGUAUUUAUUAUAAG